UCGGGUGUGAGCGAAGCCACUCUUCGGUGACCCAAUCAGGCAUAGGAGGAGUUCAUGGCUUUGGCUGACAGCGGACGGGAGUGGGAGCAACUCGCAUGCAUUUUUAGUCAUCACCCAUUAAUACCACAUUAAUACCAGGCCUCCUUAUGGCAGCCUGCUCUCUUCUUCCGUUGUCGCUGCUCUCCCACUUUGUUGCGCAUUCAUAGCCGUCGUAUCGCGUGUCCGUCUUUUAUCCCUUGGAUACGUAGCCAUGGCUCAAAACUCAUAACGACGACUCGUCCAAGAGUCUCAUCCCGCCAUUUUGCCAUUCCAUCAACGACAUUUGGCGCAUCAGACUCCCUAUAACCCCCCUCAAGUGCGCGGCUCGCAUCGACCAUCUCAUCUUACCACCAUGGAGAAAGACUGUGCAUGGCUUGCUGGCGGUGAUUACAGGGACUUUGUUAGGUCUCUCUCCUUCUUGGACCCCCGCCUGCGGCAGCGAGACCCCAAGGCCCAAACCCAGCGGAGCCCAUUUACAGACGACGGCGCCAGGGUUGUCAAGCUCAGCCUCGAGAACGGCACGUUCGCCCGGACGGCAGAGUUUGACGAGCCGGCCGGUCUAGAAGCACACUUCCGCAGUACGGCGUCGCUGCGCGGCCGGCGGAAUAUCUACGUCGUGGAGGGACUCGGUCCAGGCUUCGCCGGCGUCCUCGGCGAGCGCUUCUCGCUCCACCCGUCAUUCUUUGUGGAGCACGAGCGCGUCGUCGUACAUAACCUCAACUGGAUGGGCGAGAGCGACGGCGUGCAGCUGCCGUCCGUCAUCCAGAGCCGGGGCCACCUGGAGAUGAAGUACUAUGAGGCCGUGGCGUUUAACAGGAAGCCGACGAGUUUCCGCUGGGUGUGUGCUGCUACCGGCAGACACAUCGGGGUAUCUCGUGACUUCAAGUGGGACAACUCGCCUGAUGAGGUGGGGAAUUAUUUGAAUGUGGGGGUUGUCAGGAGGAAGUGCGGUGUGUGGUCGAGAAGGACUGAAGGAGGUGGUUGGGACUGUCUCGUGCUAUGUGACCCCCCAGUGAAAAGCGUCCGGACAGGGGAUGAAUACAAAAUGGAAUAUCCUGUCAAGGCAUACCCUUACCAAGGCGGCUAUCUCGACUUCGUCCCCGAAGAAGAGCAGAUCCGUGUCGCCAGGGAAGGCCGCUACUGCGGCCCCCCGCGUACCUCGAUGCUCGAGGAUCUCUCCUUCUACCUCGAAACUCACUCCCGGCUGGUGGACAUUGCGGAGCCCGAGUCGGUCAACGUCUUUGUCAAGAAGAUUGUUGCCUCGCACUUCCUCAAGCAGAGCGAACACCUGCGAGCAACCCUCUCGGCGGUGCAGCGUGGCCUCACGCGCAAGCAGGACCUCGCCAAGAUGCCGAUGAACAAGGUCGAGGCCCUCUGGAGCGACAUGCAGGGCUGGGAGCGGCGGACGGGGGAGUACCUUGAGGACCUCGAGGGCAUUAUGCUCCAACUCGGCAUCCCGCUAUCGCACCCGGUGCCGCCAGUACCGGUGAACAUGCCGCCUGCGCGGCCCGGCGCGCUCACGGCUGAGAUCGUUGCGUGGCAGGACUGUACGGCCGACUUCCAAUUUCUCUACCUCCGGUUCCGGGAGCUGCGGCACCGCACGGAGACGCUCAACGCGGCGGUGACGGGACUGGCGAGCAUCACGGGGAACAGGCAGGGGUACAAGGAGCAGCAGCGGAGCAUCCGCGAGGCCAAAAGCACCAAGGCGGUGACGCUUCUGGGGCUGGUAUUCAUCCCGCUGGCGUACACGUGCUCGUUAUUUGGGAUGGAGGUUCCGUACGGCCCGGGAGGGGAGUAUUUCUGGAUCUACUUCGUCACGUCGGCGCCGCUGAUCCUGGUGGUAUUGCUGGGGUACUACGUACUGGAUUUUGGGUACAAUGAUGAUGGCAGAGCUUGGUCUGUGGUUACAUUUAACAAGUCCAUCAAUGAAAGGCUAUACAGGUUGAAGCGGCAGGAUACCGAAGAAAUUUUCCGGGAUACGAGUAGAAUAGAGAUGUCAAGGUUGGAAUCGUGCCGGUAGACUCGGUAUAAGUGCCCUGAAGCUGCAGCUGUUUAGUGACUAAUGAGCUGUGUCGAUGAGAGCUGUUAUGGUGUGGGCCCGCGUCAGUUAAGUGCUGCUUAUCGGCGUGUUUAGUGGCG